AUGACAAUAUAUUCUUUGCCCGAAGAUUGUUUUUAUGAGAUCUUUAAACACAUUAAAGAUGACACGACAGUGCUUUACAAUUGCCUAUUCGCAAAUCGAUUUUUAUGUAGAAUCAUCAUUCCUUUUCUUUAUCAAAAUCCAUUCUCGGUAGUAAACGGUGGUCUUAGACAAUAUUAUUGUUUAACAAGAACGUACCUUUCUUGCCUUGACGAGGAAGAAAGGAAUCAUUUAAGAAAGCAUUUUAUAAAGUUUCCACAAGUGUCAAAUUCACUUUUUGAUUACGCAAAGUAUUUGGAAGAAAUUCCAAACCUAACGAUCGCAGCGGAAUGUUGGCUAAUCUUUUUGAAUCAUUCGAGUGAAAAGAAAAUAUACAUCAAUUAUAAUGAGUAUAAUAAGCAAUUGGAUAAAGGAAAGAAAUUGAUCUUACAGGAAGUACUUUUUCAUUUAUUCUUGAGAAAGAUUAAGAAUUGCAAGGUGUUAAAUAUUCAGGCAAACUUAUUUGACAAAAGCAUCUUUAAUAUACGAUUUUUCAAAAAGAUUAUCUCACAUAACUCAAGUAUAACAUCAUUACGUUUAAUCAUCUCUGAAGAAGAAAUAAACGAAUCAAACGAGGAAUUAUUUUUUAAAUUCAUUUCACUACUUACAAAAAAAUGUUUUGACAUUGAAGAAUUGGAGAAUUUCAAAAGCGUUAGCUUAUCAUACCCAAAUGAUCGUUCGUUAAACGAUCUUAUUAAAAUAAUAGAAAUGAAAAAGCACACACUUACCACGAUACAUUUAGAUAAUUCUUAUAACUUUAUUAAUCAAAAUGUUUUUAAAGCUAUUGCGAAUUGUGAGAAGAUUGAGAAAUUAGAAUUUAUCAAUGUUAAAGGGUUAGGGUUGUUAAAGACUAGGGAAAUAUUUUGCAAUUCAACUUUUGAGUUAAAGGAAUUAACUAAUCUUUAUGAUAGAUUAACACCAUUUUUUCACAUUCGUCUUAUACGUAAAUUCGGUCAUUCAUUAAAUAGGUUAUCGCUUUAUAAAGUGACUCAGUUAGCCGUUAGGCAAAUUUCAGAGAUCUGUUUAAAUCUUAAAGUGUUGCAAAUAGUUUGUAAGGACAUCAAUUUGUCCGCUUAUCAAUACUUUAAGAAUAUGAAGAUUGAACAGCUCAUCAUUUAUUCCGAAGAACAUUUGUUAUCCAAUUAUUACAGCAAUAUCUUUAAGUGUAUAGCUGAAAAUUUGCCUGGUUCCCUAACUACCUUUACGAUUUACAUAAAGGAUCCAAACUCUAUAUUCUUAAGUGAGAAUAAUUGUAUUAGUUAUGACAAUUUGGAAAUGUUUUUAACUCAUUAUAAAGUUGGUUUAAAAACUUUAAAUUGCAACUUCAAUUUAAGAAUCGAAAACAUUGAACAAAUCCUUGAUCACGUAAAAAAACGAAAGGCUUUGAGAUCUUUGGGUAUUAGAUCACCUCCUGGCUUUUUAUGGUUUGACAAUGAUAGGGUUAGGGUCAAGCAAUUGUUAAAUGAAAUCAGAGAAUAUGAUAUUGAGAUUCAUACCAUUAAAAAUCAUUUCUCUCCUUAG